AUGGCUGGUGGAGCAUUGACAGAUGGAGGACCUGGAAAAAGGGCUCAUCUGUAUGAACACAAAUUCACUAUGUAUUUUGCAUUCACAUGUGUUGUUGGUGCUCUUGGUGGUUCUCUUUUUGGUUAUGAUCUUGGUGUUUCAGGUGGUGUGACUUCCAUGGACGAUUUCUUGAAGAGAUUUUUUCCGGACGUGUAUACAAAGAAGCAGGCUCAUUUGAACGAGACUGACUAUUGGAGAAAGGCCACUAUCAUAGUAGGAGCUCUAAGCUUUCUUGUUGGAGCAAUACUCAAUGCAGCUGCUGUGAACAUUCCAAUGCUAAUCAUUGGCCGAGUCUUUCUUGGUGGUGGCAUUGGCUUUGGAAAUCAAGCUGUUCCUUUGUAUCUAUCUGAAAUGGCACCAGCUAGCAGCCGAGGAGCAGUAAACCAACUGUUUCAGUUCACAACCUGUGCCGGAAUCUUAAUUGCAAACUUAGUGAACUAUUUCACUAACAAAAUCCAUCCUCAUGGUUGGAGAAUAUCACUUGGUUUGGCAGGUAUUCCAGCAGUUCUUAUGCUUCUGGGAGGUAUUUUUUGUGCCGAGACGCCUAAUAGUCUUGUGGAACAAGGAAGGUUGGAUGAAGCAAGAAAAGUGUUGGAGAAAGUUAGAGGUACCAAAAACGUUGAUGCUGAAUUUGAAGAUCUUAAAGAUGCAAGUGAAUUAGCACAAGCAGUGAAGAGUCCGUUUAAGAUACUUCUAAAGAGGAAAUACAGACCCCAACUAAUAAUCGGAGCAUUAGGGAUUCCAGCAUUCCAACAGUUAACAGGAAACAAUUCCAUCCUCUUCUAUGCACCUGUCAUCUUUCAGAGUUUAGGAUUUGGAGCUAACGCGUCUCUUUUCUCGUCUUUUAUUACCAAUGGAGCUCUCCUUGUUGCUACUGUCAUCUCAAUGUUUUUAGUUGACAGGUUUGGUAGAAGAAAAUUCUUCCUAGAAGCUGGUUUUGAAAUGAUAUGCUGCAUGAUUAUUACUGCUGUGGUUUUGGCGGUAGAGUUCGGACAUGGCAAAGAACUUUCAAAAGGCAUAAGUACACUUCUUGUUAUUGUGAUUUUCUUGUUUGUGUUGGCAUAUGGAAGAUCAUGGGGUCCCCUAGGAUGGUUGGUUCCAAGUGAGCUUUUCCCAUUAGAGAUAAGAUCAGCUGCACAGAGUAUUGUGGUUUGUGUCAACAUGAUCUUCACUGCCCUUGUUGCGCAACUUUUUCUUCUGUCACUUUGUCAUCUCAAAUAUGGAAUCUUCUUGCUGUUUGGUGCCUUAAUUGUUGUCAUGAGUUUAUUUGUCUACUUCCUUUUGCCGGAAACCAAGCAAGUUCCUAUUGAAGAGAUUUAUCUUCUUUUCGAAAACCAUUGGUUUUGGAAGAACAUUGUAAGAGAUGGAAAGGACCAAGAACGAGCAGACUAUCAAUAG